ACAUUUCAAAAUCAGCUGGCGUGUGGAAUGUUGACUGUGACAGUUGAAUGUUGAUUUUUAAAAUUUGAAUUGAAUGUUUUAUAACAAUUAACAAACACAUAAGAAACGUUAAUUAAAUUCAUGAAAGAAUGAGUUGUACAAAAGUUAGGAAAGUUCAAGGAAAUGAUUGUUUCCAGCGAAUUAAUUUCUUAUAUCAAAUCAGUAAACAAACAGUAGAAAUUAAUCCAGCGCUUUCAUCUCACUACGGAAACCUUAUUAUAAACCUUGCUAAGAAAAAUGUUUUAAAAAUACACCCAGACAUCAAACGACAGAUUUGCAAGAAAUGUAAAUGUGUUCUCAACAACAAAUCAAGCACUGUUAAGUUGAGAACCAAAAAUAAAUCUAAGUACAUCCAGAAGAUAUGUAAAACUUGCGGCACACGAAAGAAUUUUCCAGCAGACAAAAAUAAAGAUUAUAAAGUGUGGUUAGAAAAGCCAGAUGGUGUUAUAGAAGUUAUUAAAGCAGCAGAGUAAAUAAUA